AUGCCCGCCACGGGUGCGGAUUCUGAGCAUGACUCAGGUCCACAGUUGCUGAGAGAUAUAUGGGCGCUAGCAGCCAUUGCUAUUGUUGUUGUCACUCUCAGGAUUUUUGCUAAAUUCAGGAUCGCGAAAUCUGGACGGGAUGAUGUACUAACGGCUCUUGCAUUGCUUCUGGCAAUUGUCGGGUCAACUAUGGCUACAGUGGCCGUGAAUCAUGGCUUUGGUCGCCACGUUGGAACCCUGGAACCGAGCGAUGUCUCCCAAAUUAUCGAGUACGACUACAUCACACAGACUUUUGGAAUUGCGGGUGGCACACUUGGGCGGGUCGCUUUCAUCGUUUACAUUAUCGGUUUGCUUGGUGUUAGCAUAUCACACAGGGUUAUUUUGUGGGCCCUCGUCGUGCUUCAACCCAUCGUCAACCUUGUCUUUAUCCUCAUAAUUUUUCUACAAUGCCCAGGACACGCAUCUGGUAUUUGGGCGCACUCUGGAAAGCAUUCAACUCAGCAACUGACCUUUAUCUCGCGGUCUUCUCGACAUACAUAUUCUGGGGUCUUAAUUUGCAACUGCGUGUCAAGCUGGGUUUGA